UUGGAAACCCGGGGACGUCGCGUCGAACCCCGCGGCCUUUAUCGCUCGCCCGCAAUGUAAACACUACAAAACUAGUUAUUUUUUUAAUUGGUGCAUCUUGCUUGUGACUGUUCUGUGGAAAGUUUAAAAAAGUUUGCGAAACAAUUGACGUUUGUUGUCGUGUGUUUUUUUUAGAUAUCGAGGUACCAGGGCACCAUAGCAUACAAAGACAUUGAAAAAACUAGUUGGUACUGUUAGCAAUGAUGUCAAGUUUGAACGAGUGCAGUGAUUGUGUCAGUGACAGUGUCUAGGGGUGGACACAUGAUGUGAACAGACAGUCGGCACAAUGUGGGCGGCCCAGCUCAGCUGUAUUUUCAUAUUGUUCGGUGUAACAGCCGGCGGCGGCGGCUGGGAGCCCCUAGGGACCCCUUACUUCGACAACAGCACGAAGCGUGAAGCCACCGCCGCCGUGGGCCAGCCCGCCUACCUACACUGCAGAGUACGAAACCUGGCUGAUAGAGCGGUAUCAUGGAUACGCAAGAGAGACCUACACAUCUUGACAGUAGGUGUGCACACAUACAGCAGUGACGCAAGAUUCGCUGCGCUACAUGCUGAUGGUUCCGAUGAAUGGACGCUGCGAGUGGCGCCUGCGCAACCACGCGACUCCGGCGCAUACGAGUGCCAAGUGUCUACUGAACCAAAGAUUAGUCUAUCAUUUAGACUCACCGUUGUUGUGUCAAAGGCGGAGAUUCUCUCAGGACCGGAGCUGUUCGUCAGAGCUGGAUCAGACAUCAAUCUUACUUGCGUGGCGAAGUACGCCCCUGACCCGCCGAGCUUCAUCUACUGGUAUCGAGGAGAACAAGUGGUGAACUAUGCUCAACGAGGUGGUAUAAGCGUGGAGACUGAGCAGCGCACGCGCACCAGCCGGCUUCUCAUAGCACGCGCCGCUCCCCACGACUCAGGGAACUAUACGUGUGCACCAAGCAGCUCAGAAUCUGCGUCGGUGAUAGUCCACGUGCUGAGCGGGGAGCGGCCGGCGGCGAUGCAGAGCUCGGGCUCGACCCCGCCACGCCUCAACCGCGCCAUCCUCGCCACGCUCACCGCGCUCACCACGCUGCGCCAGCCACGACCAGUGCUCCUCGUCUCCCUCCCGGUCGCCGCGCACUACGUCUCCAUCCCAACACUACUCAUUACCUUACUAUUCGCCAACGCUCUCGUCAAAUUCCUAUCAAAAUUUACGACAGCUCACAUCGAACCCACAUCUUCAAGAUGACCUAUUAGUGCAAACGCGACUUCCCAAACGUUUUAAACUAAGGAAGUAUUUUAUAUGAUUGAGUGAACAAACGAAAUUGUGUCGGACCCUCGGGUUACGUUAUCUGAGUUGAACGUAUUUAAAAUACAACGAUAAAUAUAGACAGUAAUGUUUCCUGUGAGGUAAUUUUAAGGCGAUAAAUCAAUAGCAUAAUGGUCAAUUUAAAAAAUGAUAUUGUUGUUUAUAAAUCUCUAAAUUUCUAUUGUAUCUGUAACAGACAGGAUCGUUUUAGUAAUUUCGAUAAAUAACGACCAGAGAGAUUAAUACGGCACGCAUGAGAUAAUCCUUCUGAUGAUUUAUCCGAGGCUGAAUCUCCUUUGUUCUCACAGCUAACUACGUUCGUCGUCUUAAUCCGGUGCCGAGAUUACAAGCAAAUCGAUUUCGUUAGUCCAACACAGGAAUAUACCGAGAUUCAAUCGAAGUGAACCUUAUCUAUGCGUAACGUAUAUCUAAGCUGCUGGUUGCUCUCUUUGCCACAUUAUUUGCGUUCGAUCAAGUCGAACAAACAACGUCUGUACUAAUGCAUACAAGCGUACAUUAGUAUUGCUGGUAACUACUACAUAACCAUCUUUGUAUUUACAAGUUUCACUAACUAUGAACAAAUAAAAACAGUAAUCUCAUCUUCCAAAAGUCUUGACUCUUAUAUAGCAUUAUAAAGUUGAAUGAUAAAACAAACUUUCUAAAAAUCAAAUGACUUGUUUAUUUUAUUAUCAUUUUUGUUUAAUUUUGUCGCUAACCAGUUUAAUUGGAUGUCAUCUUUCAGUUAAAGAAUAGAUUAAACGUUCAUAAAUUAAAUUACGACGCCAUCUUUUAUUAAACAAUUGGUUGUUGACGAGAUAUUAGAAUUUUCUUGUUGCAAUUUGUAAAGGAAAUCUCAGUACCUAAAGACUAAAUGUUUUCCAAGAGAAUGACCCAAUCUUCAAACGAUUUCAUCUCCAGUGCGCUCAAACAUAAAAUGGGACUAAAUUGAGUUGAUUUCUCAGCCACCACAGAACCAUUUUACUUCGGGUUCGACGAAAGUUCUAAGAAUUUAUAGAAGUCGUCAAUCUUUGAGUGGCUUUGUAAUGAGCCUUACAACGUCUCUUGACAUCAAGUAGCGUUAACAUGAGCUCUCAGAGUGUUCACAAUCAUCCCAAGUUUGUCGCCACAAAAUUUGUGUUCCAACUAUACUACAAUAGAGAUACGGUCUCUUCACAAAAAUCCCAACGCAAAUUCCCUGGACUUUUAAACUGCGCAUACCUUUUUGUAAAUUCGUCUGACUUUUUCACAUUCCACUGUCUUACUCCGGAAUAAAAUUACACAAUCAAAGUUUAGAAUUAGGGUUGCUUUACUGGCCAGAAUAAAAGGCAUCGUUCCGAAAAGUUGUCUCGAGUGACAGCAAGAAACAAAUUACGUACCUUAGGCUUCAUUUGUUUCAAGUUCAUUUCAUGUAGCGAAUCUGGCAGAUAGGUACUAAACAUUGCUCUCAGUCCAUUUUGUUUUUAUUCCUGCUCUUUCUACCCUUACUUAUGUCCGGGGCAAACAAAAACAAUUUGACGACCUUUCAAGUAAAAAACUCGAAGACACUUUGCUACUACUUAUGUCAAUAUUAAAUCUUUAUUACUUUUUAGAUGUUUACAUCUGUUUAAAACUUAAGUAAAAUGCUUGUCAAAGGCAAGUUUAAAUUGUAUAAAAUGUUAAUUUUCUCUAGAUGAUUUAUAGACAUUGGUACCUUUGUAUUUUAAAUAUUUAUUAAAUGAAAUCAUGUUUGAAUAAGAUUUAGCUCGUAUCCUGUACAUAAUAGCUGAUCAAUUGUAAAUAUUAACGAUGUAAAUAAUAAUUAUGAAUUUAAUGUUAUGUUUGUAAUGUCUUGACAGCCAAAAAUACAUUUUAUGUAUUCAGAUUACUUUGGCAACGGUUUCGAACGUCGCCAUCUUUUAAAAGUAGUUAACAAAAGGGUUGUGUAAUAAACUAUCAAAUUGUAGAUGUAUUUAAAUAUGUUACCUAACGAUUUAUAAGAAUACAGACAUAGUAAUAAAAUCAA